CUUCGACAUUUUGUUUAAGAAUACAAAAUACAAUAUAUUAUAUUUUUUAAAUCUUACCUGCAUUUUUUACAAUAUUAACAAACAAAGUAUUCAAGUAAACAUCGUUUUUGAUUUUGUAUUUUGGGUCCAGGAAAUUUUCCAGGAUCUUUUGAAUCUUGACUUCAUACUUGUUUGCACAAUCCAUAUUAUAUGAGGUAUAAUCCUUAAUUCUUUGAAUUAAUUAUAAAUUAUAAUCAUAAAUUAAUCCAUCACAAUUUACAAACAUAAUUUUUGCUCGCACUUCUUUAUUUUCACUGCAAAAGUGGCAAUGCCCUUGAAUGUUAUUAAUUAUUAUUCAUUAUACGCCGCAACUUUUCAUAACAUUCUUCUUCUUCUUCUUAUUGGAAUUUUUAUUUACCGCAUGUGGAGUGCCUUUAGGAUAAAUUGGUCUGGGGCCCUUUCGGCCCUUUUAACCAGUCACAAGUGGAGACACAAGACACGUAGAACCUCAGAUCAAGAACAUUCACUUAAACAUAACCUUUAAUUUUUUUAUCAUCCGGGAGUUCAAUCUUGCUUAAUAAGGCAUGUAUCGACGUAACUAUAAAAGUUUUACAAUUACAAUUUUAUUUUAUCAAAAUGACUAAUGUUCGCAAUAAAUCACUUAUAUAGUACAAUAAGUCUAGGACGAUAAGAAACCACAAGUUGACUUUUUAAAUCUGACACCCAGCUUUGCCAACCUGACACACAAAUACCAACUUAACAGGUAAAUGUCAAAUCAGCCAUAACCUCAAACAAUGGAAAAAUGGAAACAAUUUUCACUGAUUCUGGGCUGAGUACAAGGGACGCGUUAAAUAAACUCUACGUGGAAAUUGACACGAUUUUACAGCAAUUCAAGUCUUCUCAGAGAACCAGAAAAAAUAAAUCAUGGAUAAAGGAUGCUUUACACCACUCAAGCCAACACACCACAAUAAAUUGGGUUUCUGCUUCGUUUCAAAUCUGGACUAUAGCUAGUUUGGUAUUUUACUAUUUAUUUAACCACUAUUACCACCCGAACUAUGCCGAUUUGGUUAUUUUAUAUCAGGCAUUUUUUAUAUUUAUUUUGUUAUUUAUAAACGUAUCGUUGGAGUUGUAUGACAACAAGUUGAGGCACAAUGAAGUUCCUAACCGCGUUCAGUCAGUAUUGGAUAAGCUGAGUAAAGACAUCCACAAUAUAGAGUGGACUGCCGAGAAUUACCCGAAUUUAUUCACGCCGUUUUCUCCGUGUAUUACUUUACAAUGGACGUACAGGGACAACAAGCUGGUGAAUCUACCGUGGUCUUUACUGGUUAAAGAUGACGUCAUUCUCGUUAGGCCCGGACAGGCCAGCCCUGGCUACUGCGAAGCCCUGGAUAAGAACUCGGAGUACCAACUGUUGCACGCUAAAGAGAUCUACGCGCCAUCUUUACAGAACGCCAACGAAGUGUUCAGCGCGCCGAAAUCAAGGCAACCUUUGGAGAACAAAAAGUACAGACUCCUAGAGACCCCUUACUUGAAUAACUUGAGGGUAUUUCUCGAACAAGCCUUGGACAGACCCAUAACCCAACACAACCAACAUAGACACAUGGUCAUGAUCAAAAUAAUCGAAAGAAUCAUAAUGCCGUCAGCGUUUUUGAUCAUCUUCAUCGUAAACUUAUUGAAGUUCCUGUAUUUCAUGCAUUUGGGCGGGAUAUCAGCGGCUGAAUUGUUUUUAUUACGGCCCAGCAUCGUGGUUUUACCUUUAAUACCGUUGGUAUUUCCGCUGUUCUGGAAUUCCAUGAACUACGCUGGGAUAGCCAGGUUUCAAACGAUUUUUGACGCGACCAGGCGGUUCGAAUCUCAACCCAACUCGCUGGGCGAGGACGGGGAUACCACCCCCAUAGACACUGUAGAUUUAAAAUUUAGCUACAAAGAAAUAUGGCGGAAUUUUUUGGACAUUCUUUCGGGGAAGCCCGAUGUUUUGAACAGAUCUGCCAACAUAAUGCACGUUUUAGGGUCGGUUACAGCUUUGGGGUGUGUGGAUAAAAAGGGUAUAUUGUCCUGGCCCAAUCCGAAUGCCGAAAAAGUGUUUUUUCUUCACAACAAUGACAAUAUUUCACCCUCAUCUAGUAUGGAAAACGUAAACGACAUUUCCCAAGACGCGGAAAACUACCAUUUCCAUUCGGACGCGCCAUCAUCUGCAACCGGGGAAGUACUGGACUUGACUCACAAUCACAACGAACCUUUCAAGUUGCAUUUCGACGACCAAGAGUGGAACAAACAUUUAGCUUCACUUAAACCAUUGGGGCUGGCCAUUCUGCUCAACACCUGCAAUUUUGACACCCAGGAUCACUACACUUCGUUUUGUCAGCACAUCACCUGUGAGGCAAUGUACAACGAGAAUUUGGUUCCGGUUACAAACAGAAGAUGUCUCUGCGAGUUGGCAAAAGAAAUUGGAUUUUCGGAACACGCGCAAAAGAUUUUUGCUUUGGAGCAGCAACUUUCUACGUUCAGACACUUGCAAACAGAGAUGGUAAGAAGGGACAACAAGUACGCGAGGUCCCUGCAACUGUCCACGAAACUAAAGUUCCCAUUUCCACACAUGUUUGCCGUGGUAGUCAAAGAACUGUCAAGUGGUAACAUGCAACUUCUGUCCGAAGGAACGGCCGACAUAAUUCUAGAUUCCUGCGUGGAAUACUGGGAUGGGCGCGAUCUGUGCACCCUAUCGCACAGCGAUCGCAAAAAAAUACAGGAUUUUUAUCAGAGGAGCAGUUUGACCGCCUACUGUACUGCGUUCGCCUACAGACCUCUAGCGAAGUGCAUAAGCGAGAAACUGAGCAACGUCUAUUUGGAACUCCCCAGCGACUCUAGGCACCUCUACACGAACCACAGAAGUCCCACGCCUGCGCACUGGGAAUGUAAGAGUGUUCUGGAGCCCAAAAUUAAAGCCAACUUAACGCAAUUCUACAGCACAGAUUCCCUUUUAUACAACGAUUACCCAACCGGUGACGUCUCGGAUGCCGAGAGCUGCUUUCAGAUGCAAUGUAACCAGAUUUUCAUUGGUAUGGUCACCAUGCAGUAUCAGGCGCUCACGGACAUGGUUCAGCUAAUAGAACAGCUCGAAAGGGCUUGCAUUAGAUUUGUCCACUUUAGCAAGGAGAACGAGUUGAGGUCCAGGGUUUUCAGUGAAAAAAUGGGCCUGGAAAGUGGAUGGAACUGCCACAUUUCUCUAUUGAGUGAAAGAAAUAGACCGUGCGAGGGCGACUGCAGCGCCAAAACCACCGAGCGGAGCGAGGCGACACGACGCUUGUCGCAAAGCGAGCGAGGGAUACCGCAAGCCCAAAGAAACGACGAACGCGCUUGCUUGCUCGAUAGCAAUCUGGAGUCGUCGAGGACGAUGAGCUUUUCCGCGCCGAGCGCCAUCAACAUGGACCACGCGAUAGUCAAGUUCGACACGGAAAUCGAAAAACAAACGAAAAAACAGUCGAACGUCGACGUCGCCAGUCAGGAGAGCGUCCACUACCAAUCGGAAGUCGCGCACGAUUGGCAGUCGUUGAGUUGCUUGACGGACAGCACCGAGCAGAGCGCGCCAAUCAACUUCGACAUGAGCAACAGGGCUAAGCUCCCAAGAGGAAUAGACAAAAUCAGACCGCAUAUUGAACUAAUUGACAACGUACCUCUAUUGGUGUCGCUUUUUACCGAUUGUACCCCAAGUGCAACGCGGGAAAUGUUGAAUAUCAUGCAAGACUACGGAGAAAUUGUUUGCAUUAUAGGUUCUUCGGAAAACUCCGAAAACGGUGGCAUUUUUAUGCAGGCAGAUGCAAGCAUCUCCAUCGAGCCACUAUACCCUCAAGUCUGUCAAAAACGCGAAGUAUUCAAAGCCUCCAACCCAAAAAUACUGUCACCUAUAACUCUCUCUUGCGAGUUAAAUUCCAUAGCCUGCUCCUUAACGUUCAAAAGAGAAGAACCGAUCUCUUUUCACCGCUUGAUCAUGGAGGCGAGGCAUUUCAUAACCACCUUAUGGAGUUCAGUGCAAUUCUGGCUGUGUUGCUGUUUUGUUUUGAGUUUCUUGGAGCUCGUGGCCGCCUUGUGCAUGCUACCUCCCGUUCUGUCCAUCGGCCAAACUUUGUGGUUAUGUUGCAUCGUUAUACCCGUCAUAAGUAUAUCUUUGAUGGUGAAAGAGGUCGACCCGGACGUGAUGAAACAACCGCAGGGGAAAAUACAGAACGUGUCGGGUUGGAACGUGGGCAUUUUUAUCCUGUGGUGCUACGGGACGAAGUUCAUCCCCACCGUCCUGAUGGUUUUGGUUUCCUACGUUGGCAUCCUGUCGAGCCAGUGCGCGGAAUUGUGCUCGAUAAAAAACUGCACUUGUGCCUUUUUCUACAUCCCCACUUUUUACCCAGACGAGAGUGCGAAUGUGGUGGGGUGGCCGCCAGACAGCGCCAACCUCUACACGGCCAGAUUGGUCACUGUGUUCAUCGUGUUGUUGCAUUUCGUUGUUAUAUCUAUAGGAUUCGUCCAUAGGGACUACUCUGUGUUCAGAAAACUUCCAAACACCAACAUAGCCUGGUUGGGGGCUGUAUUUACUCUAACGUUGGUACAAGCUUUUUAUGUUGUUGUACAGUAUAAAAUAACCACACCGCCUCAAGAUGAAGUUAACUACGUCACUCCUACGUGGGUUAUAUUUUUUUCCGCCAUAUCGCCUUUAUGUAUUUUUAUUAUCAAUGAGUUGGUGAAGAGGCAAGAAAUUAAAGUAAACAAAAGGUUCCUGAAGCGUGCAAGAUUAGACUUUGGAACCAAACUGGGGAUGAACUCUCCAUUUUAAAGUGCAAAAAUAUUUUUAUAACAAACUAACCGACUUUUUAAGAAUUUUUAUUUUACAAGACUGGAAUGUUUUAAUAAAGUACUGAAACUGUAAAUAAACUAUACAAAUUUGUGAGGGGAUUCGUUUUCAUUAAAACCCAUUCAGUUUGAUAAUAUAAUUUAUUGAUCACACGUUUGUAAAUAGAGAUUUCUUCGUAUGUCUCGUUAUUCAUAAUAUGCUCUAAAUUCAAUUUCAACAAGCCAAAUAUAUAUAUAUAUAAUUCUUGAUUGCAACUUUCAAUGUUGUUGGGAAGUAGGUGGCUUAAAAGCUAAUGAGUUUUCGGCACAAGAUAUUUUAACUUUUUUGCGGUAGUGAUCUGUUCGAUUUAGUCGUGUUAGUAGUUAAAAUACCUUGUUGGUUAGUUUUUAAGUAUAAUAUGCAUGUCAGUCAAUUUUACUAUUAAUAUCUAAAGAACACAAUGUUUCAAACGAUUUAUUUUCUACUGGUGUUCGGUUUAUUUGUACUGGGGUUAUCUUGAAAUAAAAUUUUGAUAAAAUAAAAAGUGUUAAAAUAAAAAAGAAUUUUCUGCUACAUUAAAAUCAAAUAAAAUCCUUUAAAACAUUAUUAAAAUUAAAAAAUCGCGCAGGAGUCUCAGGGGUUUUCCGGAAGAUCGAGUAUAUCGGAAACGAAACCGGAAAUGUCGGUGUCAACUUCGCGCGCGCGUAUCAAAAACGGAUGCUCCAGCAGCUGGUUGUAGUUCCACCUCUCCUGGUAGCUCUUCUUCAAGCAGUUGACGGUGAAAUCGACAAACUCCUCGCUGAACGAGCCGUCAACCGGCAAUUUUGGCGGCUCGUCCGUCACCACCUGUUGCAGCUGCUCGAAGGGGGUUCCCCACUUUUGGUAGGGGAAACGACCGGUCGAGAGCUCGAUUAAGGAGAUGCCGAAACUCCAAACGUCGGAGCGGAUGUCGUAUUUCGAGGGCUCACCCUGAGGGUCUAUCCGUUCCGGCUGAA